GACUCUUUUCCCAAAACAACCAAAAAAAAAACGAAUUUUGAUUUUUUUUAAAAAAUCAGAAACCAAACAUAUUUCUCACUGUAAUCUUCUCAUUCAUCACCUAAAUCUCAUUUCAAAAGAGGAAAAAAAAAAGACCUAAAUCGAUCGGAGAAGUCAAACAGCAAUCAGUUUCCGAUUAUGGCAACACUUGAUGAGAAUCAAGGCGAUGGUUCCGAUUUGGAGACGGCGGAGAAGAUAAUACUCCGGUGGGAUUCAACAACAUCUGAAGAAGCUAAAGAGAAUCUUAUUUUCCAAAGCGGUGAUCGUGAAGAAGUAGAUCGGUACUUACGAGCCGUGGACGAAGUUCAAAGACACAUCUCUUCCGUCUCAAUCUCCGAUGAAGUCAAAGCAGCUAGCUCGACGAUCCAAAUCGCCAUGGCUAGGCUCGAAGACGAGCUUAGAAGCAUCUUAAUCUCUCAGACUUCUACUUUCGAACCUGAUUCACUUCUUCUUGAUUCGUCCUUAGCUUCUACUUCCUCUUUCGCUUCUUCUUCUCGUACUGAGUUUGAAGAUGACAACAGCCUCACUGCUGCUUGUGAUGGUAAUAACGAAGAUGAUGAGCAACAACAGGUGGAUCUGGUUCUACCGGACGGUUCGGAUUCCGGUUCGAGCCGGUUAUCGAGGAGCAGGAGAAGCAAUAGCAAAUCCACAAGCAGUAUACGCGAGAUCGAUCUUGUAUCUCCUGAAGCUGUUUCUGAUCUGAGAUCGAUCGCUCAGAGGAUGAUCGGAGCUGGUUACUCUCGCGAGUGUGUUCAGGUAUACGGAAACGUUAGGAAAUCCGCCAUGGAAACGAUUUUUAAGCAGCUAGGGAUUGUGAAAUUAGGGAUUGGAGAUGUGCAGAGACUUGAUUGGGAAGCCGUUGAAGUGAAGAUCAGAAGAUGGAUCCGUGCGGCUAAGGUUUGCGUUAGAGUUGUGUUCGCUAGCGAGAAGAGACUCUGUGAGCAGAUAUUUGAAGGCACCAUGGAAGAGACUUGUUUCAUGGAGAUUGUCAAAGGCUCUGCUUUGCAGCUUUUCAAUUUCCCUGAAGCUAUAAGCAUUAGUAGAAGAUCACCUGAGAAGCUUUUCAAGAUUCUUGAUUUACAUGAUGCUUUAACUGAUUUGUUGCCUGAUAUGGAAGAGAUUUUCGAUUCGAGCUCGUCUGAAUCGAUUCUUGUUCAAGCUACAGAGAUUCAAUCAAGAUUAGCUGAAGCAGCAAGAGGUAUACUCACUGAGUUUGAGAAUGCGGUUUUUCGUGAGCCUUCGGUAGUUCCUGUCCCUGGAGGAACUAUACAUCCAUUGACAAGGUAUGUGAUGAACUACCUCAACUUGAUCUCUGACUAUAAGGAAACGUUGGUUGAUCUCAUCAUGACCAAACCAUGCCGAGGUUUGAAAUGUACCAAUGAUCCGAACAAUCCCGAUAUGGAUAUCUCUCAGCUAGAAGGAAUGUCGCCGUUGGCUUUGCAUAUGAUAUGGACUAUGGUGAUGCUACAGUUCAAUCUAGAAGAGAAGUCUCUGCACUACAAAGACGAACCUUUGUCCCACAUCUUCGUCAUGAACAAUGUCCAUUACAUAGUUCAGAAGGUCAAAAGCUCCCCGGAGCUAAUGGAGUUGAUUGGGGACAAGUAUUUAAGAAAGCUUACAGGGAUAUUUAGACAUGCAGCCACCAAGUAUCAGAGAGCUACUUGGGUUAGAGUUCUGAAUAGCUUGAGAGAUGAAGGGUUACAUGUGAGCGGAAGCUUCUCUUCGGGUGUAUCGAAAAGUGCUUUAAGAGAGAGGUUCAAAGCUUUCAAUACAAUGUUCGAAGAGGUUCACAGGAUUCAGUCGACCUGGUCAGUUCCAGAUACUCAGCUAAGAGAAGAACUCAGGAUAUCACUAUCAGAGCAUCUUAUCCCGGCUUAUAGAUCCUUUCUUGGAAGAUUCAGGGGGCAUAUAGAGAGUGGAAGACAUCCGGAGAACUACUUGAAAUACUCUGUUGAAAACCUUGAAACCGCUGUGUUAGAUUUCUUCGAAGGAUAUACUACAGCUCCACAUUUGAGACGGUCUCAGUGAAAGACGACGAAGAAGAAGAAGAAGAUUGAAAAACCCAUAAAAGCUUUCGUUUUUGGUUUCCCACAGUAGAAUUAGCCAUAUAAACCAUUCUUUGAAUUCUUUCCAUUUUCAUGUGGCAGUGUUCAGAUUGUUCUCCAGCUUCUGGUGAAUAGUCUCUCUCACUCUUUUGUACUUGUAAGCAUAAUUAUUUGUUGUGUGUUGUUUGUUUGUUGCCAAAUUUCAAUACUCCACUGUUGAUAUAAAUGUUUGAUUUUUUUUUUGUAUUUUGUGACUUUUGGUGUACUAGUUCCUUCAUAAAUGCAGUUUGAUUUCUUCUAUGAUAAUCA